AUGGCUCACAUAUAUCGUGGUCCUUCAUAUUAUAAAGAUGAUGGACGAAUAGAUUAUUAUAAUCAAAUUUCACCAGAAUAUCAAUUUGAAAAACCAGCAAUUGAUCGAUUAUUAGAUUAUAUAUCGAAUCAAGAAGCUCGUAAACCUGCUAUUGAUAUAUUAAUUCAAGAAUAUUUAGAAAGAAUUGGUAGUCCAUUAACAUAUCAAUCAACACAUAUUUCACCAUUAAUGACUAUAGCUACUGAUAGUAAUAAUGAUAAUAAAAAUACGUGUAGUCAACAAACUCAAACACCAACUGGAGGAAUGCCAUAUUAUCAAACAGCUCUAUCAUUUUAUCCAACUCCAUUAACUUCUGGUAAUGAUAUAGUAUAUGAUUCGAAUUAUGAUUAUCGAAAUACAGCUUCAACACCAUUACUUCCACCAUUAUCAAGUCGAUCUUAUCGUUCAUCAUCAAUAGUAACUGAUGGAGUAGGAAGUACACCAACAACUCGAAUAUCUAUUUCAUCAAAUCAAGAAAUUCCUAUUAUUGAUCGAUUUGCAAAUCCUACGAAUAGUCAAGAUAAUCGUUUAAAACAAGCAGCUGCUCAAGAACGUCGUCAAGCAACACGACAUUUUGGAAAAGUUCAACCAGGUUUAAUUUGGACAUCACCAUUACCAGUUCGACCACGUAUUUUUUCUAUUCGACCACCAUCAUUAUCUUGUAAAAUAUUUCUUGGUGGUAUUCCACAUGAUCUUAAUCCAAGAGAUUUACAAGAACGUUUAGAAAGUUUUGGUUCAGUUCGACUUGAAUGGCCUAAUAAAGAUAAUGUAUCAAUACAUAGAAAUUCAUCAAAUCAUAUAUCAGCUGGAUUUGUUUAUGCUGUAUAUGAAAAUGAAGAAUCUGUUCAUAAAAUAUUACAUACAUGUUCAACAAAAACUGAUCGAACAUUAGAUGAUGGACGAUGUGAAUAUUAUCUUGAUGUGUACACUCAACGUACAAGUGCACGACGAAAAAGCAUUCAAAUUAUUCCUUGGUUUGUGGAAGAUUCACAAUGGAUAGCUGAAUCUGAUUAUACAUCAAAUGGUUAUGGUAAUUGGGAACAACGACUUAAUUCAACAGAAUGUAUUAAUCGAACAGUAUUUGUUGGUGCUUUACAUGGAAUGAUGACUGCAUAUGCAUUAGCUCGUAUAUGUCAUGAGUUAUUCGGUGAUGUAGAAUAUGCAGCUAUUGAUACUGAUAGAAAUAAAUAUCCAAUUGGUUCUGGACGUGUUGUUUUUGUCAAUGCACAUAGUUACUACGCAGCUGUUACAGCUAAUUAUUUAAUGAUCGAAUGUGAUAAAUUCUGUAAAGUGAUUCAAAUCGAUCCAUAUUUAUCAGAUAGUGUACCAUGUGCUGGUGCUAAUGGACAAUGGUGUCCAAAUAUGGGACAAUAUUUCUGUCGUUCACUUAAAUGUAUGAAAUAUUAUUGUGCAACAUGUUGGGAUUUAAAUCCACAUCAUAUGACAACACAAAGUAAUGAAUGUGAACCACCAGCAAUGAUUCAUAAGCCAUUGAUGCGUAAUGCUCGAACAGCAUGA